UUCGAGAGGACAUGAACGGGAUACUUAGUGACGUCAUUGGGUUCCCCACCCCCACUUUACAGUCGUGCUUGAUUGCGCAUGCCUGUUUUGACACUACUGAAGUGAGCAGGAUCCGACGCAUACAGGGAAGACUAAACCCCUCAUCAACCUGGGACAUUUCAUAUUCAAGUUGUUGUGAGAUGAUGCACCAAAGAAACAAACAGCCAUGUGAAAAGAACAAUGAGCUAUGUGAAAUGCCUACUUUGCAAAGAAAACCGAAUUUUGCCUACCAAAUUGGAUCCACUCCCAUGGAAGAGAGGGGCAGCCUACAUGGACAUUCAAGUGUCCAAAUGCCUGUGAUUAGAUAUGACUGAACCAGUUCACCCUCCUCUCAAAGGCUGGUUUGAGUCAGGACAGUCAGGCGUCUGGACUGGACAACAGCCCUCCUACAUUGGGUGUGCAAUGGGUGUGUGGGCAUUGAGUCCAUUCUGCUACAGCGCCCCUCGUGGAUGAGAGCGUCUGAAGAGCCUUCUCCUGUCAACUUUAGCUCUGCCAUCUCUGUUCUCUGUCCUCAACAAUGGAGGGGGUAGCUGUGGAAAGCCUCAUAGACUUUGAUAUCCCUUCAUGUUCAGACGAUACAGCCCCCUCAUUUGCAAGUCCUCCUAGUGGGGCGCUGCUCCAUACAGACAUUUUCUCCUCUGAGCCGCUGUUCCAAGAGCCUGCCUCCAUUGUUCUGCCUGAUCCCCUGGCCCCCAUGCCCGGCUCCCACCACCAUUGUGGGGGAGAGGACAGGGACAGUGAUGCCACAGAGUCGGCAGACAGUGAGAAUGACAUGGACCCACACUCCCAGCAGUGGAACUCACGGCACUCAUCCUCCUCGUCCAAUCACAGCGCAGAGCUUGGGGUAGAGGCAGUUGAGAAUCGGGAGUUCAUGAAAGCUUACGUGGAGAUGGUGUUUCAUGGAAAGGAGGACUUUGACCAGGAGGAGAAGGCUCGCUUUGGGGAGCUGUGCAGUGGAGAAAAUGGCAAGGGUAGGGAGUGGUUUGCCAGAUACGUCAGUGCACAGCGCUGCAACUCCAAGUGUGUGAGUGAAGCAACAUUCUACAGGCUGGUGCAGUCUUUUGCAGUUGUUCUUUUCGAGUGCUAUCAGAUGGAUGACUACAGUCCAGCUAAAAACCUCAUGACCAUGUGUUUCACUUACUACCACACUGGUAAGUCCCAGCCAUCCCCCACUGAGUUGCUGCAGCAGCCGCCUGUAGCCAUGGACUCCUACCUGAAUAAGGCCAACUCCUGGCUGUCUGGCAAGAAGGACGCAGCCGAGCGGCUCCUGAAGAACUCCUCUGCUGCCAAAACGGAAGUCAAAUUCUUCUUUGGAGGCCUGGAGAGCAAGCUGAGAGCGUCCGCUCGAAAGAAUGAGGAGGCAGAGAGUCCAGUCGAGGUAAAGCCCAAAUCACCAGUGUCCUCUGUGCCUCCAGAGAAGAAGAAAGUAGAGAACGAGAAGGUGUACCUGUACACACACCUGAAACAGCAACCCAUCUGGCAUACGUUGAGGUUUUGGAACGCUGCGUUCUUUGAUGCGGUCCACUGUGAGAGGAAGAAGAGGUCACCUACCACCAGGGGGACGGAUGAGGAAGAGAAAGACGAGAGAGAGAAGUGGUGUCAUAUGACCCAGGAAGAGAAAGAUGACAGCUCUAAAGUCGACGAGAAUAUUGCCUUUGGCCAACUGGGGACAUUCACUCACAACAUGCUGGCUUUUGGGCUCAGUAAGAAACUCUGCAAUGACUUCCUGAAGAAGCAAGCAGUUAUUGGGAACCUAAAUGAAGAGCAGUACAAGCUGUUGAGCGACCACAUUGAGCAGAUGGCCACGGAGUGAGUGGCAAAGAAUGGUACUUCAAUGACUACUUAGUGCUCUAUCAAUAGUAAUUAGCUGAAGCUAAACUCCUCCUCACUCUCCAAUGUGAAGGCUCACCAAUAACUGUAUUCAAUCAAUAUCCAGUACAGUAAACUCCAAUCACCUAUUUUAGUAAAGCCUCCAUAACCUGCAACAAUAAAUAACACAAAACCUUUUAUUACAGUCAUAGUAAACAUGAAGCUGCGUAGUCAAUAUUCCAGCUUCACCAACCAACAUACUGUAACCUACCCUCUCCUGGGCACUGUCAACAAGGUCAUUCACCCUAUCACUACUAUUUAUUUUAUACUGUCACUAAUGAGUACCUUCCUCGGGUCCUUAUUUUACUGUAUAGUUGGACAAUUUCAGCCAUAUCAGCAUCCAUUAACCCAUUUUAUAUAAUCAGCUCCAUGUAACCGGCCCAGGCUGUCUAUAGCCUUUUUCAUGUCCCCUGCCUGACUACAGUAUACAUAUUUUAGAUAUACUGUAACCUGCUCCUUGCACAUAUCCUACAAUUAGUAUUAUUUAUAUUGUUUGCAAUAGUGACCUUUUAUGAUUUCCUCUCUGCCCAAUGUCGAAGUGCCUUGAAUGUACCCGUGGGGAACUGUCCUUUUUGUUUCAAUGGUAAUCAAUGCAAGUCUCAAUUGUAACAAUCUGUAAAACCACUUGAUACAAUAUCCUCCUGUUCAUGAUUCUACCAUCUAUAUACUGUGUCAGCAUAUUUCCAAUAAGGUCCAAUUCUCAUGCUCAGUGUCCUCUGUGUUUAGUGAUUGUCAUGGUGUUAGAUCACGGCUAGUGAAAGUGCAGUGUGUCGUGGUGAGAGGCUGCAGCAUGACUUCCAGCAGCAGUCCCAUACCUUCUGUUUCAUUCCUAGAGUAGCUGUGACCUGAGGUGUCUGUGCUAUAUGCAUAGCAUGCAUCCUUGUCCUUUUAUAAGUGAGAAACGAGCAUUGUGCAAGGGCGUCAAUGUCUUGUUUGCAUUAUUUAAGCCCACCAGAGGGAAGCCUGGUGACUUGUUCAGAGCACUUAAUUUAUCAAUGGAGUUAAAAGUUUAAAAACUACUGUGUGGAUCCAGCUUUUGAGGGAGAAGAUAUCACUCUUGACAUCUCGGAGCAUUGACAUUUGAGCUAUGUGAAUAGGAAUUAGGAUUAUUGUACGUUUUUCUCAAUGCUGGAUUGAAGUACUGGCAAGU